AUGCACCAUUCUAGAUUAAGUGAUUCAUACCAAAAUGGUGUUAAUUUUUUCCUUGAUUUUGCCUUUAAAAAUGCAAGUCAUGAAGAAAAAACUGUACGUCCCUGUGUAAAGUGCGAUCUUAUCACACCUGUCAUCCAUACAAUUGCAUUUGAACAUUUGAUAUGCAACGGAUUUGUAGAUAGUUACACUAAAUGGGUAUUGCACGGAGAAACUUCUUCGCAUGCUACGCAAAAUGUUGACACUCCUCGUGAUACUCAUGAGUCAAAUUAUACCAUUGAUAUGCAAGGAGUUAUAUACGAUGCAAUUGGACAUAGUAUUGGAGACGACGAAUGUGAAAUUGAAAAUGAUAAUCUUCAAGGUGAAGGCGAUGAACCAAAUGCGAAAGCAAAAGAAUUUUACAAUUUGAUAAAAGAUGCAGAGAAAGAACUUUACCCAGGUUGUACGAGUUUUACAAAGCUCUCGUUUUUAAUUCAAUUAUUUCAUAUUAAAUGCAUUUGUGGAUGGAGUGACAAAUCAUUUGGCAAGGUACUUGACUUAUUCAAAAAAGUAUUGCCAAAAGGUGAAACAUUACCCAAUUCUUUUUAUGAGGCCAAAAAAUUAAUCAACACUCUAGGAAUUGAUUAUGAAAAAAUUGAUGCAUGUCCAAAAGAUUGCAUGUUGUAUAGAAAAGAACUUGCAAAUGACACAGAAUGUGAAGUAUGCUCUACACCAAGGAGUGAAGCUAAAGUCUUGCGCCAUCUUCCAUUGAUACCAAGAUUACAAAGAUUAUUUAUGUCAUCAAAAACAUCUGAUUUUAUGACUUGGCAUUAUAAACAAGAUCGUACAAGUGAUGGUUAUAUGAGACACCCAAGUGAUUCUCCAGCAUGGAUGACUUUUGAUCACAACCAUAAGGAUUUCGCUGCAGAUCCUCGAAAUGUCAGGCUUGGGCUAGCUUCUGAUGGAAUGAAUCCUUUCAAAACAUUAAGUGUAAGCCAUAGUACAUGGCCAGUUAUUUUGAUACCAUAUAAUCUUCCUCCAUGGAUGUGUAUGAAGCAACCUAAUUUCAUUAUGUCUUUGCUCAUACCUAGUCCAGACGCACCUGGAAAUAAUAUUGAUGUAUAUCUAAAGCCACUGAUUGAAGAGUUAAAGGAGUUAUGGGAAGUUGGAGUUGAAACUUUUGAUGCAUCUACCAAAAAAAAAAUUUAA